AUGUUAGCCGCGUCAGAUCCUAGGAGACCCAAUAAACUUCGAAGAUUCGUCCCAUUAUCACAGGAUGCCCCUCCACUAGACCAAACUAUAGACUAUCUUAAUUUUUUCGGAAUAGUCUUAAGCAUGUGUGGACUGUUGUUUGAAAUGAAGUUUGCUGCUUGGUUGGCCGUCGUUUGUGCUUUCAUAACGUAUGCCAACUCAAGAACUGGGGAAGAUACAAAACAGCUGAUCAGUGGCUUCAUGUUGUCUAUCAGCGCACUUAUAAUAUUCAAUAAGCGUGUUAUAUAUGUUGGGGGACUAUCAGAGCAAGUUGAUGUACCUCUUGUUCGUGCGGCGUUUAUCCCUUUUGGAGACAUAGUUAGUAUUAAUAUGCCCAUGGACUAUCAAACUGAAAAACACAGAGGUUUCGCUUUUGUUGAAUUCGAAGAAGUUGAGGAUGCUAUGAGUGCCAUUGAUAAUAUGAAUGAAAGUGAAAUAUUCGGGCGUACCAUCCGUGUUAAUGUGGCAAGACCAGUACGCAUACGGGAGGGUUGGAGUCGACCUGUCUGGUCGGACGAGAAUUGGUUAAAGAAAUAUGGCAGCGCUCCAUUAGAAGGACGAAAACUGGAUGAACCUGAUAUCGUCAACCCAUCAGAUUCUGCAGAAAAUGUUGAAGACUUGAGUGACGAAGAAAUGCGAACCAAAAAACAAAAACGAAAUCUUCCUCGGGUAUUCUUCGAUAUUCGAAUUGGAAACGGAGAUGCUGGUCGUAUAGUGAUGGAGCUUCGGUCAGAUAUUGUCCCGAGAACUGCUGAGAACUUCCGUGCCUUGUGUACAGGAGAACGUGGAUUCGGUUAUCACAAUUGUUGUUUCCAUCGAGUUAUACCACAAUUCAUGUGUCAAGGAGGCGAUUUUGUAAAAGGGGAUGGGACCGGUGGCAAAUCAAUAUAUGGACGUAAAUUCGAUGAUGAAAACUUCCAACUCCGACAUGAAGGGUUCGGUGUUCUUUCCAUGGCGAAUUCUGGACCAAAUACAAAUGGAUCUCAGUUCUUCAUUUGCACAACAAAAUGCGAUUGGCUUGAUGGCAAACAUGUUGUUUUUGGUCGAGUAGUGGAUGGACAAAAUGUCGUAA